GCCACGUACUCCCACCACAAGGGUUCGGGUGCUCUUGAUAUCCAAUGGGAUUGCAUUGGGCACGUUCUUUCUUCCGCUCACCUCUUUCGGGAAGGAACAAAAACCAAACAAGAACCUCGCGUGUUGCUUGAGAGAUGUCAAAUCUGCCAAUGGGAUAAGGUUGUCACUCUUUUAACAUUGCCUUUGAAGCAUUAUCUUUCUUCCAGUCUUUCUGAUCUGUAAAAGAUGAACCGUACACUAGCCCUGCUGAUUUUGCUGGAGGCCUCCUGUUUCUUCUGUGGGGUGCGGGGCUUUCGUCGGCCACAUGUUGUCCAAGGCAGACACAGAAAUGGACAAGUCAGAAAAGCCACUACAUGUACACGACAACCAAACGAUGUGAGAAUACAAGGUCCCCGUCGUCGCAGAGUCAUAUUGAAGCAGUCGGACAAUGAUGAAUUGAUCCAUGCCAGACUAGCUGCGGUUGCUACCUCUACCGGUACUACUACUUCUUCCUCCAAUAGAAAGUUCAAGAACUUUGAAGAAAUGCUAUCGGCUUACAAGGAAGAACCGCUAAUGGUUAUCUUUACGGCAGUCAACUGUGGUCCUUGUCGGUUAAUGAAGAAGGAAAUGAACCAAGUUUCCAUCCGAAUGCCCUUUAAAAUGUUUAGCGUGGAUACCGAAAAGUUUCCUCACGUGGGCAGUCGCUUUCAAGUGGCGGCUCUUCCCUGCCUGGUGCUGGUACAGAAUGGAGAACCAGUGCUGCGAUUAGAAGGUGUCGUCAAGGCAGAAGAAGUUAUUGAACGGGUGCAGACAAUCGUUACCAGCAGCAGCAGUACGGUAUGACAACGAGAACACCUUCAAAGCCUCCGUUUUAGUCGGAAUUGCUGGAUUUUCGGUUGUCCUAUCGGCGGACAACGUAGUGUUGCAGGAACCACCAAGAUUGAAGCGCAGGAGCAAAGAGAAGAAUGUAACAAUACGUGUAAUUUGCUAGCAGACACCUUUACCUUGCU